AUGGAGAACAACCCUACGCUUCUACACCGUCAAGUCUGGGCGGAGCAGAGGAAGAGUGCAAAGAUGUUUAAACAGAGCACAAAGGAAGAUCCAAACAAUCAGCUCGGGAGGUACCAAGGACACGACGACAGCCUCUCUCAGACGCAACACAAAGCAAAACAGGGGAAGGAGUACAGUAACAGCGACGCCGGGGACCAUCUCCGAGGUGCAAACCAAACAAAGAGCAAUUCUGGUGUGGUUCAAGAGGUGCCCCCAGCUCCUCAGCACUGGUCAGCCGACAGUGGAGUUUUCCUGACGUUUGGGAAAACAGCUCUUCCUCCAGCUGAUGCAGGCACAGGCAGAGAACAUCCUCACAUUGCACGAGCAGCGUGGACUCGCUCUUUGCACAUUCAGCACCAUGUUGCUCUGAGCAUGCAUGAUUUGUCUGCCUGGAAUGGCCUCUGCUCAGAGGCAGCGAUUAAGGAGCUGCGAGGAAGAGAAGGUGACCACAGAGAUCGUCCCGUCGUCCCCCAGCCACUCUCCAAAGAGGCAGAACAGAAGACGGGCAAUGGGCUGAGCACAAAAAUAGCCUGGAAGAAGGAUGCUCCAAACUCUUCAUCCGAGGAAGAUGACAUCAACCAUGAAAAUGUAGCUAUUCACAAAGAGGCAGCAAGAAUCCUCACAGUUGAAGUUUUAUGUUGGGUGUUUAGUCUCAGAAUUGAAGUGGCUGAGGUUUCUUGGAAAGGCAAAUCAACAAGCUGGGAAGAUGAUGGCUGGGGAGCCUGGGAUGAAGCAGAAUUACAAGAACCUGAAGAAGAGGAAUCUACUUCCAAGAACCAGAGAAAUUACUGGCUUCAGGACUGUGUGUUGUCCUUGUCACCAACAAAUGACCUGAUGGUAAUAGCUAAUGAACAGAAAGCAGUCUUUUUAGUGCCUAAAUGGAAGCAGAGUGACAAGGGAAAAGAGGAAAUGCAAUAUGCCGUUGGCUGGAGUGGCUCUCUGAAUGUUGAAGAAGGUGAAUGUGUGAGUAGUGUAUUGUGUAUCCCACUGGCAAGUCAGAAGAGGAGUUCCACAGGCCGUCCUGACUGGACCUGCAUUGUGGUUGGCUUCACGUCUGGCUAUGUUCGUUUUUACACUGAGAGUGGAGUACUGCUUCUUGCACAGCUUUUAAAUGAAGAUCCUGUCCUACAGCUUAAGUGCAGAACCUAUGAAAUUCCCAGGCAUCCUGGUGUCACAGAACAGAAUGAAGAACUAAGUAUCUUGUACCCAGCAGCAAUUGUGACAAUUGAUGGUUUCAGUCUCUUUCAGUCCCUUCGUGCAUGUCGCAAUCAGGUAGCAAGAGCUGCAGCAUCUGGCAAUGAGAAUGUUCAGCCUCCACCAUUAGCUUAUAAAAAAUGGGGUUUGCAAGAUGUGGAUACGAUUGUUGACCAUGCUAGUAUUGGCAUCAUGACACUGUCUCCUUUUGAUCAAAUGAAGACUGCCUCCAAUAUAGGUGGAUAUAACGCAGCUAUAAAAAACAGCCCACCUGCUAUGUCUCAGUAUGUUACAGUUGGAUCCAAUCCUUUCACUGGUUUCUUUUUUGCCCUGGAGGGUAGCUCACAGCCGCUGUUGUCUCAUGUUGCCUUAGCAGUUGCAAGUAAACUGACUUCAGCAUUAUUUAAUGCUGCCAGUGGCUGGCUUGGUUGGAAGAGUAAACAUGAAGAAGAACCUCCCCAAAAACAGAAACCAAAAGUUGAACCUGCGACCCCAUUGGCAGUGAGGUUUGGACUUCCAGAUUCCCGUCGCCAUGGUGAAAGAAUAUGUCUUUCUCCGUGUAACACUUUGGCAGCAGUAACAGAUGAUUUUGGAAGGGUUAUUUUACUGGAUGUUACAAGAGGACUUGCAGUUCGCAUGUGGAAAGGAUACCGUGAUGCAGAAGUUGGUUGGAUACAGACUGUAGAGGACCUUCAUGAGAGGGAAACGGAGAAGAUGGAUUUUUCUCCUUUUGGAAAUGCACAAGGUCCAAGCAGAGUGGCUCAGUUCCUUGUGAUCUAUGCUCCAAGGAGAGGCAUUCUGGAAGUAUGGAGCACGCAGCAAGGGCCUCGGGUUGGAGCCUUCAAUGUGGGGAAAUAUUGUAGAUUGUUGUAUCCUGGUUAUAAAAUAAUGGGUCUAAACAAUGUGACCAGUCAGGGAUGGCAGCCCCAGACUUACCAGAUAUGCCUUGUUGAUCCAGUCUCUGGAAGUGUAAAAACUGUCCAUGUACCUUUCCAUUUAGCACUGAGUGAUAAAAAGAGUGAGCGAGCAAAGGAUAUGCAUCUAGUGAAGAAGUUAAAUGCUUUACUCAAAGCUAAAACCUCAGAUCCAGAUUUGAUUGAAGCUGAAGCAAAGGAAUUAAUACUUGAUAUCAAAUACCCUGCUACAAAGAAACAGGCUCUGGAAAGUAUAUUGACAAGUGAACGUGUGCCACUUUCAUCUCUCACAAACAUCACUCAGACAUUAAUGGAUAAUUUAAAAAAACAGGAGCUUGAGUGUGUGGAUGAAGGACUACUGCAGUUCUGCGCAAACAAGUUAAAGCUGUUACAUCUUUAUGAACUAGUUAGCAAACUAAAUUCCCAAAGCAUACAGAAAGACAUUCCACCCUCAGAUAACGACUUGGCUAAACUGCUUCGCCUGGAAGAAAAAGAUUUUCACAGGCUCCAAACUUUACUGGAGAACUACAAGAAGGAAAAUACCCAAACUACCGUUCAGUUUGCUGAUGAGAAGUAUGAUGUAUUGUCUGUGAAAACGUUCUUAGAGUAUUUGGAGUAUGAAAAGGAUGUGAUUAAUGUGAAAAAUAUGGAAGAUGGAGAAUAUGUGGCUUUAGGCAGCUUUUUCUUCUGGAAGUGUUUGUGUGGGGAGAGUUCCACAGAGGAAAUGUGUCAUGCAUUGGAAUCAGCAGGGUUUAGCCCUCAAAUCUUAUUGUCACUCCUUCUCAGUUUAUGGCUUUCCAAGGAAAAAGAUAUUCUAGACAAACCAGAUUCUGUCAGUUGCCUUCACACUAUGCUGUCACUUCUGAGCAAAAUGAAAGUUGCUAUAGAUGAGUCAUGGGACACUCAGUCAGUUUCCCCCUGGUGGCAGCAAAUGCGUACAGCUUGUGUUCAGUCUGAAAAUAAUGCAGCUGCCUUGUUAUCGGCUCACGUUGGACAUUCUGUAACUGCACAGAUAAUUGACAGUGUGACAGAGAAAAAGUUUUCCCAAAUAAUUGUAGGUUCAGACACGGAAUCCUGGGAAGCACUUUCCCUUGAUACUGAAUAUUGGAAACUUUUGCUGAAGCAGCUAGAGGAUUGUCUGAUACUUCAAACACUACUGCAUAGCAGAGUGAGCAAAAGGACAAAAAGAGUUUCAUCACUCCAGACUGAGCCUUUGGGCAGGCUUUCUGUAAAGAAAUUGCUUGAAGCUGGAAAAGGAGGUAUUGCUGACACUGUAGCGAAGUGGGUUUUUAAGCAAGGCUUCAGUCCUCUUGUACUGAAUUUGGCCCAACACAAAACCAAUAUAGAUAGUACUGAAGAAUCUGUAGAAAUGUGUGCUAAUAUCUUUCUUGAGGAACCAGAAGCAGAUGCAGGCUUGGAAACAAUCCUAGAGCUGCUGCAACUAGCAUAUCAGCAAUUUCCAUGUAGUCUUGAAGUGGAUGUACUCCAUGCACACUGCUGUUGGGAAUGUGUAGUGCAGUGGAAUAAGGACCCAGAGGAAGCAUGUUUUCUCAUUAGGUCUAUAGAUCAUCUAAGAUGCAUCAUUAAUGCUCACGUUCAGCAUGGUAUCGCUCUGAUGAUGUGGAAUACAUUCAUAGUAAAAAGGCUUUCUUCUGCUACGUAUCUAAUGGACAAGGUUGGAAAAGCUCCAAAGGACAGAUUAUGCAGACGGGACGUAGGUAUGGGUGACACGGCAAUGACAGCUUUUCUUGGUUGCUGUUCAGAUCUUCUGCAAACAUUGCUAGAGGCUGAUGUUAGUAGCGAUGAAAUGCAGGCCCCCGUCUUAGACACUGAAGAUGCUUGGGUGUCGGUAGAAGGACCAGUAUCGAUAGUAGAACUAGCCCUUGAGCAGAAACGCAUUCACUACCCACUUGUCGAACACCAGUUUGUGUUAUGUACUACCCUGUACGCCAUCAUGAGGUUUUCUCUGAAGAGUGUGAAGCCUCUUUCGCUGUUUGAUAGCAAGGGCAAAAAUGCAUUUUUCAAAGACCUUACUUCAAUUCAGCUGCUACCUAGUGGGGAUAUGGAUCCAAAUGUGUUAUCCAUACGACAACAGUUCUUGGUCAAAGUUGUGAGUGCAGCGGUUCAAACACUAUGUUCAUCGCAAAAGGCCAGUGAAGUCUCAGAAGAGGAAUUGUUUCCUUUUGAAAAGGGGAAGAAUUGGCCAACUUUGGCUGUGGACCUGGCUCAGUAUCUUCAAAUCUCUGAGGAUGUGGUCAAAAGGCAUUAUGUCUGUGAACUGUAUAGUUACGGGAUGGAUCAUCUUGGUGAAGAGGCCUUUCUUCAGGUGACUGACAAAGAAGUGCUUGCAUCACAGCUGCUCAUACUGGCUGGACAGAGACUGGCCUUCGCUUUACUUCACCUGCAGACAAAGGAGGGCAUGGAACUCCUCGCUAGGCUUCCUCCAACACUAUGUACUUGGCUCAAAGCUAUGGACCCCCAGGAACUUCAAAAUGUAGAAGUGCCAAUUGCAACGACAGCUAAACUAGUUAACAAAGUCAUAGAGCACUUACCGGAGAAUCACGGGCAGUAUAGCCUUGCCUUGAACCUGAUAGAGGCUGUAGAAGCCAUCUCGUCAUGACGUUCUUGGUUAGCACAGUUCUGCUGUAUAGUGGUGUAAUGCAUGAUUUUACACAACGAGGCUGAACUUUACAGAACGAAACUUUCGUGUGGCUCUUGUUAAACGGUGAAAAGAACAAUGCUCCCCAUCCCAGAACUUCAGAAGGUGAUUUUAAAUUGGAGUAUAUUUUAAAUUCUGCACUAGUACAAAGAUGUUUAGUUUCUAGUACACUUGUCAGUACCUGAAAUGCUGUUAUUUAUUUCUGACUUGAGUGCUUUUCGCAAUAGUCUAAAUUGGAUAUAUUUGACAGCAGUUUUAAGUCUAUUUACAAAAUCACAUCUUGUGAAAUUCUGUAUUUCAUGCUGGCAGUGACUGCUGCAGUUUCAAUGUUCCGUGUAUGAUUUGUUUUUCAAAACAAGCUGUAGAAUUACACCCGAGAGAACCUUCAGUCUCUGAAGUUACCGUGUAAAGCCAAUACUGCUUUUUCAGAAGCUAGAGCUGGUGUUGGCUCAUGCCUUGCAACUGCAUUAUACGUGGUGACGACUGCACUAGGCGUAGGGUGAAACGUGCUGGGCCCUUAUGCGGAGGGAGAACAGCCCACAUCAGAAA